CCAGCGUCCAGCGGAGACUCACAAACACAUGGCUAGCCGGAUCUGAUCGCCACAAUGACGAGCAGCAUGAAGCAGACCGUAAUCAAGAACCCAACAUGGUGGCGCCGACGCACCAGCAUGGAGCGCAACAUGACGAUCCUAGCGGCAGUGGCCUGGUGCGUGGUCACUGCCCUGGUGAUCGUUCUUGCCAUCUUCAUCAGCCAGCCAAGGCAAGAAUCCCUUCCCACCUUACCCGCUGCUCUUUCAGGGACGGAAGGACAAUUCUUUGGGAGGAGAGGUGGCACCGACCGGAGCGACAUCUGCCUGACGCCGGGCUGCGUCCAUACAGCCUCCAGCAUCCUGAAGAGCAUGGAUCCGUCAGUGGAGCCGUGCGACGACUUCUACAAGUUUGCAUGCGGCCAGUUCGUGAAGAACACGGUGAUUCCCGACGAGAAAUCGACCGUAAAUGGCUUCAGCAUUGUGACUGACAAGCUGCAGGAGCAACUGCGUACCGUCAUAGAGGAGCCCAUUUCAGAGGAAGACAGGAAGCCUUUCCGCCUCGUGAAGAAUCUCUUCAGGGCGUGCAUGAACAAGACACACAUCGAGAGUCGUGGCUUCACACCAUUGCUGGACAUUCUGCGCCAACUGGGAGGCUGGCCAAUACUGGACGGAGACGCCUGGGACGCCGGAAAGUUCGACUGGCGUCAGUCUGUCUUCAACUUCAAAGCUAUGGGCUACAGCGUCGACUACUUUAUGGACUUUUCAGUGUCCACUGACGCCAAAAAUUCCUCAUACCGCUCCAUUAACCUGGACCAAGCGUCUCUGGGGCUAAGUCGGGAGUACCUGACCAAGGGAUUCAGCGAGAAAUUGGUGGAUGCAUACUACAAGUAUGUAGUGGAUAUUGCGGUGAUCCUGGGGGCAAACAGGGACCGUGCCACCAAGGAGAUCCGAGACAGCAUCGAGUUUGAGAUGAAACUGGCCAAUCUGUCAUUGCCAAGUGAGGAACGUCGGAAUGUGACCAAACUGUACAAUGCCAUGACAGUCCACGAGAUGCAAAGCAAGUUUCCCACAAUCCCAUGGCUCACAUACUUCAAUAGCAUCCUGCCAGAACAUGUGCAAAUCAACAACGACGAGGUGAUUGUGGUCGCUGUGCCUAGUUUCAUCAAGGGCCUGGAGAAACUCGUGGCAGAGACCCCCAAGAGGGUUCUUGCCAACUACGUGAUGAGCCGCGUGGCAGGAGCCAGCGUCAACUAUCUAAAUGACGAACUGAGAAAUCGACAGUUGAAAUUCUCUACAGCACUGUCUGGAAAGACAGAACGGGAGGCUCGAUGGAAAGAGUGUAUUGACAUUGUCAGCGGGGGCUUAUCCAUCUCUGUGGGAUCGCUUUAUGUGCGGAAAUUCUUCAAGGAGGAGGCCAAGACCAAGGCAAUGGAGAUGGUGGAAGAUAUCAGAAAGGAGUUUAUCCAUAUCCUCAUGAAUGUCGACUGGAUGGAUGAGAAAACAAAGCAGAAGGGGCUAGAGAAAGCGAAAGCAAUGGCUGUCCACAUUGCAUACCCUGAUGAACUGCUUGAUGACAACAAACUUGAGGACUUCUAUGAUAAGCUUGAAGUGAACCCACACCUUUAUCUGGAGAGCAUCCUCAAUGUCACCAAGUUUGGCAUGAACUAUUCAUUUGGACGACUUCGCACGAAGGUCAACAAGACUGAAUGGAUCACACAUGGACGUCCAGCCAUUGUCAAUGCGUUCUAUAGUUCAAUUGAAAACAGCAUCCAGUUCCCUGCUGGCAUCCUGCAAGGAUCCUUCUUCAACAGUGAACGUCCACGCUACAUGAACUACGGAGCGAUUGGAUUUGUUAUUGGCCAUGAGAUAACGCAUGGCUUCGACGAUCAGGGCCGACAAUUUGACAAGGACGGCAACUUGGUGGAAUGGUGGGAGCCAGACACAAAGAAGAAAUACCUCCAGAAAGCAAAGUGUAUCAUAGAACAGUAUGGCAAUUACACAGAGGAGGAGACGGGACUGCACCUAAAUGGAAUCAACACCCAGGGCGAGAACAUUGCAGACAAUGGAGGAAUUAAGGAGGCAUAUUAUGCAUAUCUGAGAUGGACUGAACGGAAUUACGUGGAACCUCGCCUGCCUGGUCUCAACUACUCGCCACGCCAGAUGUUCUGGAUGUCUGCAGCACAAACUUGGUGUACCAAAUAUCGAAUCCAAGCUAUGCGCCAACGUAUCACCACUGGUGUGCAUUCUCUUGGACAGUUCCGUGUAUUAGGACCCCUGUCAAAUAUGAUCGAGUUUUCUGAAGACUUCAACUGUCCGCUUGGUUCACCCAUGAACCCCGUUCACAAGUGUCAAGUGUGGUGAGCUCUCUAGCGUUCAAUUUCCCGAACUACAAACGAGUGAAUGGUGACUGUAAAACGCAAGUGUUGUGCACUGCGUUACAAGGCACAGUACUACUCACAUGUCUCUGAAAGGCAUGUUCCUUUAUGACAAGGAAGUUAAGUGCUAUUGGACGAACAAGUUGAGCCGUAAGCCAGUAUACUUACUGCCUUUAUGAGCACUUCAUUUUGAUAACAAGUAAUUUAAUUUAAUGAACUCGUAAUGCUGUGGUGUUCCCUGCUUGCAGUGUGGGUCAUCCCUCAUUGUUGCUUUUUACUAACAUCGCAAAGUUCCUUGCUUUCAUGCACAGCGAAAUAAUUAUAGGGUUCCAAAGGAUACCCAAAUGACAGAAAUAUCUCAGAUCCUGAACAACAACCGCACUUGCCAGAACAUUAUUUACCUCCUGUUACAACACAACUCUACAUAUUAGCCUCUUAUAUUGCACAGAUGUGAAGAUCUCUAUUAAUAUUACCCAGCUUAGUGUUCCUUUCUACAACCAGAAUGCGCCAUAAAUUGGAUAACAAAAUUAUGUCCUACCCAAAUGUUCACUGUGCAGGAACCAUCUCUCCAUAGAAAUUGAUGUAUUCCUACGUGAGAUUUUGAGUUUUUCAAGGUGGUGACUGUAAAGAUUACCAUUAUUUUGGAAUAAAGUUCUGCCUCCAUCUUUAGGACACAGUAUUUUGGGGCUGUGAACAUUAGAUGGGUUUUGGAUUGGACUUAUUGACGCCUCAUACACGCAACUCAUAACUACAAGUAAUGCAGCGCUAUCGCUGACCUACACACUUCACAAAUCAUUAGGAAAUGCUUAGCCUUCUCUCAGACUUCACUAGUUUUAUCCUGGCAAUGGAUUUAUAUCAGUCUCACUGUAACUGCAGCACACUAUGAAGCCUUCUUUGAGCAGUUUAAUUAAUUUCUUUCCAGUUAUUCUGCCAACUCAGGGACUUGACUCAGUUCUCAUUCUAGCUGCAUGAGAUCCUCAUUAUACAUCUUUGGGGCAGACCCACAGAAAACACUGUUCCCUCUAUUUUUGCAUGUUGAUUCACUGCUGCAGAGAUGUGUUUACUGCACAGGUGCAUAGCAACAAGUGUGGCGUGGACCCACAGAGAAUUCCGCUUGCAACACCUCUUCUACUGUUGCAUGAUGUCAGUGUGUGUGACACAUUCCUCUGCUAUGUGUGUACGGGCCAUUACCUGGCAACAGCUGUUUCUCUGUCUCCACAGUUCUUGCUUUGAGAAAUAUGCCACAAUAUAUUCCUAAUUAUCUGUGAUACUGAAGGGGAAAAGUUGUAAAACUCAUUGAAAACACAAAUAAAUUUGGAAAUGUAUGCAUAGUCUUAAGCUACUUACUUAUCUCAAAAACUCUAAGACUUAUGCGAAAAGUAUACUGAACAUGAAAUAUAUUUUAUUUUUACCUGUAACUUUUCUUUGAAUGUUUUUAACUCCAAUGAAAAAUUAGUGAUUUAUGUUCAAGGUACAAACAGAAAUGAAAGUAAGUCUUUAACUAAUGUGAUCAUUAAAAUUGGCCACUGUAAAUGAAAGACUUAAAUGGAUUGACAAUUUUCAUAAACCUCCUAACAUCAAAUUUUGCUACAAUCCAUCCAGUAGUUCUCCAGUUAUUUUACUCUUGAAGAUAGAUGAAUAGGUGCUCUGACAAUAAGUAAUCCUUUGGAACCCUACAAUGCACCAUGCUUAUUAGCUGUCUGCAUCAUGAUACCACACUGCACAUUUUUAAACAAGACUGUACACUGAAGAUACACAUUUUAAAUAUGAGGUUUAUUUUUUUGUUGUACUGUAAAGUUGAUUUUUCUUUGUACAAAUAAAUUUAUUAAAAC